CUUCCAGCGUGAGGCUCGUGAUCCUUCCGCCGCUUCCCUUCUUCAUUGACUCGGAAAAAAAUCCCCGAGGAAAAUAUAAUACUCAGAGUACUUAUUUUCAAUCAAGUAUUUGCCCUCGUUCACGUGAUAUAUAUAUAUAUUUUUAAGGAUUCCACUCCACCCUUUUUCUCCCCUCCCAGGAAAGGGAGGUGAAAGAAUUGUAUUCCCCCCUCCCCAGCCCUAAAUCAUCUAUGUGUUAAAUAUCCGUGCUGAUCUGUCUUGAAGGAGAAACACAUCGCUCUCAAUUUUUUUUAAAUAGCUAUACAAAAGGAGUGAAAAGCCAAGAGGACGGAGUCUUUUUUCUUUUCUUGCGUGAGAACUUAAUGCUGCAUUUAUCAUUAACCUAGCACCCUAAUAUAAAACAAAAGGAAGAAAAAGAUUAAGGAAGGAAAAGGUGAUUCAAGAAGAGCCAUCAUGUCGGGACGACCGAGAACCACCUCCUUUGCGGAGAGCUGCAAGCCAGUGCAGCAGCCUUCAGCCUUCGGUAGCAUGAAAGUUAGCAGAGAUAAAGAUGGCAGCAAGGUGACCACAGUAGUGGCAACUCCUGGACAGGGCCCUGACAGACCACAGGAAGUCAGCUAUACAGACACUAAAGUGAUUGGAAAUGGAUCAUUUGGUGUGGUGUACCAAGCCAAACUUUGUGAUUCAGGAGAACUGGUUGCCAUCAAGAAAGUUUUGCAGGACAAGCGAUUUAAGAACCGAGAGCUCCAGAUCAUGAGAAAGCUAGAUCAUUGUAACAUAGUCCGAUUGCGGUAUUUCUUCUACUCGAGUGGUGAGAAGAAAGAUGAGGUCUACCUUAAUCUGGUGCUGGACUAUGUUCCGGAAACAGUGUACAGAGUUGCCAGACACUAUAGUCGAGCCAAACAGACACUCCCUGUGAUCUAUGUCAAGUUGUAUAUGUAUCAGCUGUUCAGAAGUUUAGCCUAUAUCCAUUCCUUUGGAAUCUGCCAUCGAGAUAUUAAACCACAGAACCUCUUGUUGGAUCCUGAUACAGCUGUAUUAAAACUCUGUGAUUUUGGAAGCGCAAAGCAGCUGGUCCGAGGAGAACCCAAUGUUUCAUAUAUCUGUUCUCGGUACUAUAGGGCACCAGAGUUGAUCUUUGGAGCCACUGAUUAUACCUCUAGUAUAGAUGUAUGGUCUGCAGGCUGUGUGUUGGCCGAGUUGUUACUAGGACAACCAAUAUUUCCUGGGGACAGUGGUGUGGAUCAGUUGGUGGAAAUAAUCAAGGUCCUGGGAACACCAACAAGGGAGCAAAUUAGAGAAAUGAACCCAAAUUAUACAGAAUUCAAAUUCCCUCAAAUCAAGGCACAUCCUUGGACAAAGGACUCGUCAGGAACAGGACAUUUCACCCCAGGAGUACGGGUCUUCCGGCCCCGAACGCCACCAGAGGCAAUCGCUCUGUGUAGCCGUCUACUGGAGUAUACGCCAACCGCCCGAUUAACACCACUGGAAGCUUGUGCACAUUCGUUUUUUGAUGAAUUACGGGACCCAAAUGUCAAACUACCAAAUGGGCGAGACACACCUGCCCUCUUCAACUUUACCACUCAAGAACUGUCAAGUAACCCACCUCUGGCCACCAUCCUUAUUCCUCCCCAUGCUCGGAUUCAAGCAGCUGCUUCCACCCCUGCGAACUCCACAGCAGCCUCAGAUACUAAUGCUGGAGACCGUGGACAGACCAAUAAUGCCGCUUCUGCAUCAGCUUCCAACUCCACCUGAACAGCCCCAAGUAGCCAGCUGCGCAGGAAAAACCAGCAGUUACUUGAGUGUCACUCAGCAACACUGGUCACGUUUGGAAAGAAAAUUAAAGAGGAAAAAAAAAAACAAAAACAAAAAACCCUGUUCAUUUUAGUGUUCAAUUUUUUUUAUUAUUGUGUUUCUUAUUUAACCUUGUAAAAUAUCUAUAAAUACAAACCAGUUUCAUUGUAUUCUCACUUUUCAGGAGAUCCAAGGGGUGGGAGGGGUGGGGGGAGGAGCAGAGCACUAGAACACACAAUCCCUCCCACGACAAUCUUUCUUUUUCUCUUUUCUUUCUUUCUUUUUUUUUUUUAAAUCAGAUGUCUGCUAUUGUAUACCUUAAAAACCAGACUCCUGCCUCGUGGCCCCACCACAACAGAAAAAAAAUAUGUUCUGUGCUGGUUUAUUUUCUGAAUUUGUUUUCUUUUAAAGUCUGGUGUAAGACUUUGAUACAGUGCACAGCUUGAAAUUGGUUGGGAGCUUAGCAGGUGUACUCAACAGGAACUCAAUGUCACUUGUAAAAUGUAUACGUAUCCUCGGGUAUUUGAAGACUUGCCUUUGACAUGUUGAUGGCAGUUGUGACAGACCAAAAAAAAAAAAGAGAGAGAGAGAGAGAGAAGAAGAAAGAAAAAAAGACAGAGAGAUAGAGAGAAGAAAUGUGUAUUGUUUGUCCCAGGGAAGUCACUAAAGUCUGAAGCUAUAAGGGAAGAUUUGUGAUUGGUUAUUUAAAGGUUUGUUUUGCUCUUGACCAGUGUAAGUGUUGCAGAUGCUGGCUUAGGAAGGCUGCCAAGGGAGCGGCCGUCUGUGUGCCCUGGGGUGGAUCUCAGUUCACCUGACCAAAGGCUGUCUGCAUAUCUUCAUACUGUUUUGAGCUGGUGCCCUAAGAUGAGACAGGAGAUUGUCGAGCUAGCAGCUAGUGCAUCAGAAGGCAGGAAGGCAGCAGGCCAGGGGCAGAUCUCACCACUGUGAAUGCAUUUGUCCAGAUUUUUCUAAAGUUAUUUCCCUUAGAAAAAUACACUUGAGAGAAGACAUUGUAGCUAAAUAAUGUGAACUCUAACGUCUACUGCUUUAUUUUUCAUAUUUUAAUUGAAAAUCAAGUUUGCAAGAAUUGCCACAUUCUUACGCAUAGUUCUAAUUUUAAAUCCAAAUCUAGACUCUGUAUUUAAUUUCUGCUUUUUAACAUCAUGCUUUUUAAAUUUAUUUAUUGAUGCAUGUCAGAUAAGCCAUUAUGAUUUUAAAUGGUAGGCAUAUUAAAAACCACACAUCAAAAUGAUAAAGUCAUCUGUACCUGCUAACUUUAUAGGAAAACUGAUUAUAUCAAUGUGUGUAUAUAUGUUAUAUAUACAUAUAUUCAAUACUGCCUUUUCUUUUUGUCUACAGUCUCAAAAUUGACUGACUGAAUCAUGAAAAGGAAUGUUCCCCCAACCAGUAAGAGUUUUGUUUUAGUUUUCUUUGUUUAUCAAUGAAUGGUGUAAGAAUCAGUCUCUUGUGUUUUGAAGAAAAAGCAAUAUUCCUUGGAAAGCAAGGAGGAUUGAAGGAUUACGUUUGAGUGAGGAACAGAAUUCAUAACUAGUUUGUUGAUCCUUUUAAGGUUGGUAUCUUUGUGGGCCUUAUAUACUCUAAAAUGAACCUUGGUGCUUACGGGCCAUUACUUGACCUAUGAAUCUUUAAGGCACAAUCAGUUACCUUUUACAUGUAAAGAUCUCUUGAGUGAUGGCCUCCUUUCCUUCCUCCUCCCUCCUUCCCCACGUAUCUGCUAAGGUAGCCGAUGACGAGGCCUGCAGAGCCCUCAGUUGUGUGUAGCCUCAUUUACCAUCAUUAUCACCUUAAGUCAUGUUGGGGGUCUUGCCUUCCAGGUGGUUAGAGAGAGGGGUCUCUUGGCAGCCCUUAUACAGGUCCUAGCACCCUGUCAUGCCUCUUCAACCCUGAGUGUAACUCUCCAAGAGAGUUGUGCUGCCUGCCGAAAUGAAUCGAUACUAGAAAGACAGCGGUGAGCCAUCGACUUAUUGUGUGGCUAAGAGCUUUGGGCCACCAAAAGGGUUUCCUCAACCUCUGCUUAUAUCAAAGUUCACAAGAAAGGAAGCAUGCUUAGUCUAACCAUCAAAUAGGCUUUUACUCUUUUACUUUCUGUGAAGUGCUUCUGAGAGAGAAUUACAGUUUGAAAGAAUUCUGGAAUCAAAGUAUUGGACAACAUAGUUCCUUGAAGGGAUGACUUGGAAGACCAUUUUCAGGAAGAAUUUGUAGAGAAUCUGAACAAGCGGGUCUGUGGCCUAAGAGGGAACCUGCUUUCAGAUUAAACUGCCCAGCCAGACACAGACACUACUCCGGACUUGAUGUACUUGCUAGAGUCCAUAAAAAUCAGUGCUUGUUUUAGCAAAUACCCCGACACCCCAGAUGGGGGAAGAGAAGAGCAGAGGAAAGUCAGGUGCUUUUCUCGAACCUGUGUGUGUGUGUGUGUGUGUGUGUGUGUGUGUGUGUGUGUGUGUGUGUGUGUGUGUGUGUGUCCGCACAUGUGUGUAUGUGAGGGCUGAGGUGCAUGAUUUUUUUUUUCUCAAGGAUCAUGGCAGGAUCACAGAACUCUUACACAAGUGAGAUCCAGGUCUCUGAAUAUCUUUUUGUAAAUAAUAAUAAUUAAAAGCUCCUCACCAAAUUCAAGCUUGUAUAUUAUAUUUUCUUUCAAUGUUUUUAAAUUUAAGUUUUAUUGUUUUGUAUGUAAAUAUGUGGACCCAGGAACUGUUAUUAAUGAGCAAAAAGUUACUGUUCAGGGCAGUGAUUCUGUUUAAUAACCAGACAAAAAUGUAGACGAGCUUUUUAAAGCCAUAUAGUUUUAACUCUGUACAGUAGGUACCGGCCUGUAUUAUUGUAACAAUAACUCUAGCAAUGUAUAGUGUAUCUAUAUAGUUUGGAGUGCCUUCGCUUCCAUGUAUUUGGGUUUUUUUGUUUUCGUUUUGUUUAAUUGAUUUCCUUUAUCCAUGUGUCCCUCUGAAGUUAUAAUGUAAUAGCACCUUGGCCCCCUCCACAGUUUGAGUGGGGAGAGGAAAUCAUGUUUGAAAUCUUACUUCAUUGUAGCUUUGCCUUUGUUUUGGUUCUGGGUGUGUCUGUCUCCUCCUGAGUAACAGCAACUGUUACAUUUCACACUUCAUGCCGGGACUUGGUGGAGUGCAGGAAUCCCAGAGCUGGUGGAUGUCUAACUGAUUGGGUUUUGCUCACAUUUUCUCCAAGCCCUAACAUGGGCCUCGUAGCAGACUCUGGGAACCUCCCAUGCUCGCCCUCUCCUUACCUACUUCCCUCCCAAGCAAGAGAAAGAGACAUUGGUUUUAUUUUAUCUUAAAACAAACAAAAAACACCAAGUCAUGCUGUCUUGGUGGCAUGUGGGUUUUGGUAGGUCAGUGGUCUGGGUGCCCUGGUGACAUUGUUAGCAGUUACUUCACCGGUGUAGUGCUGUGUGGAUGAGGUCUGUCAAAUGGACUCUGAGCCCAUGCCUCCCUCCUGCCAUCUUGUUGGAUGAAACAUCAUUUUAACUUCUUUUUUAAAAAUCAGUUUCCUAACUGCCCGAUAUGGCCUUUUGAAAGGAAAAGAAAAAGUAUUCAUUUCGCCACCAACUGCUUCGUAUGUCUUGAAUACAAGAAAGAAAACAAAAACAAAACCACUACCAAACCAAAGGUUGCUACUUUUGAGACAUCAUGUGUUUAUUGCACAUGGCAGAAGACUGCACCUUCUUUCCCAUAAUGUGCUGUGUCAUUUUUUUAAGUCCUUAAUUUUUUUAGACCUAUUUAUUAGGUUUACGUUUUAGCAAAGUAUAUCUUCCCGGUCAUCCUGUCCACGCCAAUGCAGAGGUCCUAAAAGGACUGUAUUCUCUAUCCCUGUGGAUGUAAAGACACUGGCAUUUCUGUUACAUUUCCCUUCCCUUUGCAAGGGUUUUAACUUUGGAAUCUUCCAAAGGAAGUUUGGCCAAUGCCAGAUCUCCCAGAAGUUGGGGUUUUUGUUUCUUUGUUUUAAGUCAAAAUUUGUCUGGCUCCUACUCACACUACUGAUUGUUCUAAUCACAGAGAUGAACACAUUUCUCCCCUGUAUGCAAAAGUCAGCAUCCCUUAUGGUGAAGCCACUGAACAUAAAGACACAGCUGGAAGCACAGGAGAGUCCCAGACUGAGGUCUCCUUGGAGAGGCCUCGGAAGUGAUCCCUGGGGUCUGGAUCCUUUUCACUGGGUUAUGCCAUUUUAUUCAAGUUUGUUGUUCCGUUGUGUAUCUCCACAAUACAAGCAAAAUUAUAGCCAGUACAUAAGGGGUUAGCUUGACAAAGUAGACUACCUUGUGUUAAUUUUUAAUUUUUUUCUUACUAUAUCUGUCUACAGGCAGAUACAGAUAGAUGUAUGGAAACGUGCUUGCCUGUAAAAUUUGCAUUUAUAAAUGUGUUGCCGAUGGAUCACUGGGGCCUGUACACAUACCAAUUAGCGUGACCACUUCCAUCUUAAAAGCAAAUCUAAACAAAAUUUAUUAUUAUAUAUAUAUAUAUAUAUAAAGGACUGUGGGUUGUAUACAACUAUUGCAAACACUUGUGCAAAUCUGUCUUGAUAUAAAGGAAAAGCAAACGCUGUAUAACAUUACUACUUGAAUGCCUCUGUGACUGAGUUUGUUUUUUUUUUUUUCAUUUUAAAUAUAAACUUUUUGUGGAAAGUAUGCUCAAUGUUUUUUUCCCCUUCCCCCAUUCCCUUGUAAAUACAUUUCGUUCUAUGUGACUUGGUUUGGAAAUAGUUAACUGGUACUGUAAUUUGCAUUAAAUAAAAAGUAGGUUAGCCUGGAAAUGAAAUUAAAAUUCCCAAGUGUGUCGUCUUUAUUUCAGUGCCCACCCCUCUUUCUUCACCCUGCCUACUUUGCCAUUGCAACAUGUAGUCACGUCGCCAUCGCCUCUCCUCUAACUGGGGAGACAUGAAUCCUUGUUAUAAAAGUCAACAUAGAAACACACGACUCAUUAUUUGAAAUGACCUUUCUCUGAUGUGUAGACAGGAGGUGCAGCUUCCGGCUUGGAAACCCCUGGACUUAAUAUAGAGGAAGUUUUACAGACACUGCUUUGGAAAGAAAGAAAAUAUCCCUAAAAGGGACGGUUGUAAAAACAUGUGUAAGCUGCUGUCUUUGGUUACUAUGUCCAUGGUUUGGUGUGACUGUAUUUUCUUUUAACUUCCAUCAGUAACGGUCUUUGGGAGUCUCUGUAAAACAUGAACACCAUGGACAGUGGGUCUGUGUCACCCGUAUAACCAACACGUGUUUGAGUCUGCUCAUUUCCAAUACUGGAUAAUGUAUGUUAACAUGUUAUGUCUCUUAGUGGAAACAGAAACACCAUUUUUUUAGGGCUGGCUCAUGGUCAGACCUAAAGGUUAGAUAUAAGGUCAUGUGACUGCUGCUUCAAUAAAGACAAAUUUAUAUUCGA